UCGUAAUCGUAAGCAUAGGGUGGUUGGUUCAUAUUUAUUGGAUAUUUCUAACUUUUUAUUUAUUUUGGAGACAGCUGUUGUGCUUUUUUACAACUUGGUCAAGGCACUGGACGUGAGAGUCAUGGCAUCAUGGUCCACAGAGUAUUAGGGGUGCCUUAUAUCUGCCUGACUGUUUUAUUUCUACCCCUCCUCCUUCAAGGCGUAGAGAUCUUGGACCCGGGACAAGUGGUAUACACUGAGACCAAGACCAAUGGUGUGGUGGGACGUGGAGUGAUUCUGGAGUGUGGCCCCACAUUACCUGAUGUCUACAUCUGGGGGUUCACCCAGCCGGGGACAGACACCAUCCGUGCUGUGGUGUACAACUUUGGGAAGGGUCCCAAGAUACAGAAGUUAGCCAAUGAAUUGGGUGAAUUGACAGUAAUCAGCAACAGCGCCUCUUUGUCCAUUGAUAAGCUUCCUCUGGCUGCAGAAGGAGUUUAUACCUGCCAGGCGCUGUAUGAUACCCCUGAUGGAGCCAAGUUGUAUUACUACUAUGUGUUUCUGCGUGUUCUAGUGCCAGUGACCAAACCUUAUAUCGUGAUGAGUGACUCUUCGCCAGUGGAGGGCACGUCAAUGAUCAUGCGCUGUGGCCUGGAGAAUGGCACGCGGCCUAUUAAUUACAUAUGGGAACAGGAGAGUCGGGAAAGCAAGGUCACCACCAUGGCUGAAAUCUACGAUGACAACCAGUUCAAUCUCACCGAUGUCAACCGCAAUCACACUGGAUGGUACAGAUGUCUUGCCAGCAACCAAGUCAACCAGCAGCGCAGUGACAGAGUCUGGCUUGACACCAUUUUUGGUCCAGAUCAACCUCAAAUUGAUGUCACCCCUUACUCUGUGACGGAACGGGGUUAUUCUGCCCUGGAAAGAGAGACAGUUUCCCUUCUGUGUCAAGCUUCUUCUAACCCCCCCAGUCAGUACGUCUGGUUCUACAACAACUCCCAGGUGUUCACUGGUCCGCAGUUUACCAUCACCAAGAUCCUACGCAUGCACACGGGCCACUAUGCAUGCCUGGCUCAGAACACUUACCUCAACACCCGCUCCAGGAAAACCAUCACCCUCACCGUCUACUAUCCACCAGAUGGCGCUCCAACUUGCUUGAUUCUACCAACAAACAAUUACACUGACCUGGCCCUUCUCUGUACCUGGGAAGGUGGAAUCCCUGCAGCUGCUUUGAGAUGGACCCCUUAUGUGUUUGAAAAAGAGAGUGAGGGAUUCACCAACAUCACAAAGAUUCAGAAAGGUCAAGAUACUGCGAACAACUCUGUGUUCAUCUGCCAAGGUUCACACGUUGCUUCAAAUGAAAUCAAGAGCUGCAGUGUAAAAACUUGGGCGCCCUAUGGGGAACCAAAGUGCUCUGCAUAUGCAACUCGAAACAAUGAGUACCUAAUGCUGUCCUGCUCCUGGGAAGGCGGGUUACCUCGAGCCCUAGUUUGGUGGUCCUCCAGCACAGGAGACAUGCAAGGCACGUCUGAGGAGAACGCUAACAUCCUGGUUCUGCGUUCAAGUGCUACCUACAGUGGCAAGGCCUUUGUAUGCCAUGCAAAACAUCCAUUGGUUAAGGAGACCAAACAGUGUGUUUUAAAACUGGAGGCACCGGUCCUUGUGACUCAACGGAGUGCCAUGACAGUUUAUGAAGGCAAUGAUGUCCAGCUGAGCUGUGUUUUGAGUAGAAACUACCCUGUCACAGAGAUUUCCUGGUACAACAAUCAGAAACAGCAUGUGAACGAUAGUCCUCUGAAGUACGUCCUGGAGCGGGCUGCUGCCUGGACCAACUUGACCGUGCGAGAAACAGACAGCGAGACAGACAGUGGCCAGUACUGGUGUUCAGCUACUAAUGCUGUGGGUGGUGCAGAGAUUCCUAUUAUGCUGAUGGUGAAAAGGUACCCAAUGCCCCCAGAUUUAAGCAUCACUAGGAUCAUGUACAACAGUCGUCAGCGGACAGAUGUUGACCUAGACUGGCAGCUUCAGACUGAAGGUGAACUCACUGGGUUCUUUAUUGAACGGCAGAGGCUCCCUGAACCUGCGAAGAAAAGAAACACUGACGUUCCCUGGCAGAAACUAGUAGAUCUGGAUCCUGAUUCCCGAACCUUCCAAAUAAACAAUCUGGAUCCCAAUGGAGCCUAUGCAUUUCGCAUUACUGCCAUCAACCACCGCACCAUUGGAAACCCUUCAGACAUAAAGAGCCCAGCCGACCCUCCCUUCAAUGCCUACCCAGCUGUGAUCGGGGCAGCCAUUGGGGGCAUGAUCAUAGCCACAAUAAUCACUAUACUGCUCUUCAUGUAUGUGGUACGGAACCGAAACAAUAACCCACGGCUUCAUGACUUGAUAUUUGGAAGGCAGAAUAGCCAGUCUAGAGAGAACAUUAAUUUCCCUGAGGAUGAAGUUCCUGGCACAGCAGAGGGGGAGAGAGGUACAGGAGAGCCAGGCCCGUCAGCCACUCCAGCGGCAUCAAUGGCACUGCCAAGGCCAACAGCAACACCUACAAACCUUCCCCCAGGCGAGGAGCCUGUCAACGUAACUAUAACUGUCAUGGCCUCCAGCUGAAUACGAGGCUGAUAAUAAUCAUGUUUGCUAUCAUAAACGUACUACAGGAUAAUACACUCUGGGGAUCAAGAACACAUUUUCAUCAUAAACAGAAGAAAACUAUGAAAGAAAGAAAAAUCAUUUUGUGUUUUACAUUUUGUGAAUAUAAUUUUAUACUAAGAUCAGUUUAAGUGUUUACUAACAAGUGUCUACCAUUUAAGUAACAGCACCUUGAUUAACUACAAGCUCAUUGUCAAUUUACAGUUGGAUUGCUAUAUUUUUUGCUGCACUGUUUAAGAAAGUAGUCAACAAUCAAACAAAAGGGAAUUCAUUUGCAUUAAACUCAAAUGUGUUAAGGCAAAAAGUUGCUUAGGCAAGUUAAUCUGAUAUUUUUAAAGCAUUGUAAGCAAAAUGCACUAUUUUCUGAACUAAAUGUUUUAAUAAAACAACAGCUGAA